CCCAGUCUAGACUAUUUACUCGGAUGGAAGGGGGACGAUCACCGUCUUGCUCCUUGCUGGUGAACCCCGGCUCUGUAGGGCGACCCUGGAAUCUAACCAGGCUGCCCUAAGCCAGCGGUGGAGGAUGAAAACAGCUGCGUCCUCCGGAAGGGUGGAAAGUGAAGGACGGCGCUCCCCGGACGCCCUCCUUUGGGGCUGGCGCUUGGUUGGUUGAUCCUCCUUUUCCUGUUUGCUUGGGUACCUGAGCGGAGGACGCAGUGUGAUGGACUGCAAUAACGGAUGCUCCCCGGAAUGUACUGGAGAAGCCGGAUCCAAAGAGAUGGUGGGGACUUUCAAGGCUAAAGAUCUAAUAAUCACACCAGCCACCAUUUUAAAGGAAAAACCAGACCCCAAUGCUCUGGUUUUUGGAACUGUUUUCACGGAUCACAUGCUGACAGUGGAGUGGUCCUCAGAGUUUGGAUGGGAUAAACCACGUAUCAAGCCUCUUCAAAACCUGUCAUUGCACCCUGGCUCAUCAGCUCUCCACUAUGCUGUGGAAUUAUUUGAAGGAUUGAAGGCAUUUCGAGGAGUAGAUAAUAAAAUUCGCCUGUUUCGUCCAGACCUCAACAUGGAUAGAAUGCACCGAUCUGCUCUGAGAGCCACUUUGCCGGUAUUUGACAAAGAAGAGCUUUUAGAGUGUAUUAAACAGCUUGUGAAAUUGGAUCAAGAAUGGGUCCCAUAUUCAACAUCUGCUAGUCUGUAUAUUCGUCCUACGUUCAUCGGAACUGAGCCUUCUCUUGGAGUCAAGAAGCCUACCAAAGCCCUGCUCUUUGUAAUCCUGAGCCCAGUGGGGCCUUAUUUUUCAAGUGGAACCUUUAAGCCAGUGUCCCUGUGGGCCAAUCCGAAGUAUGUGAGAGCCUGGAAAGGUGGGACUGGAGACUGCAAGAUGGGAGGGAAUUAUGGCUCAUCACUUUUUGCCCAAUGUGAAGCAAUGGAUAGCGGCUGUCAGCAGGUUCUGUGGCUCUAUGGAGAGGAUAAUCAGAUAACUGAAGUUGGAACUAUGAAUCUUUUUCUUUACUGGAUCAAUGAAGAUGGAGAAGAAGAGCUGGCAACUCCUCCGCUAGAUGGCAUCAUUCUUCCAGGAGUCACGAGGCAGAGCAUUCUGGACCUGGCACACAAGUGGGGUGAAUUUAAGGUGUCCGAGAGGUAUCUCACUAUGGACGACUUGACAACAGCCCUGGAGGGGAACCGGGUGAGGGAGAUGUUUGGCUCCGGUACAGCCUGUGUUGUUUGCCCAGUUUCUGAUAUACUGUACAAGGGUGAGACUAUACACAUUCCAACUAUGGAGAAUGGUCCUAAGCUUGCAGGUCGGAUCUUGGACAAAUUGACUGAUAUUCAGUAUGGAAGAGAAGAGAGCGACUGGACAAUCAUAGUGUCCUGAAUGGAAAAUACGGGAUAUCAUCUGUGCGAUUGAGACACUUGCAGCUGAAUUAUGAUAGAUUUAUUUAGCUCUCUAUUUUUAGUUGUGUGUGAUGUAGUUUGUAUUAUCAGUGUUUCCAGGGUGAUUUUUUUCCUCCUGCCAGAGAAAAUGAAUUGCAAUCAAGUGGUAUUUUGUAAACCUAGUAGUAGAAGCUUACUUUACCUUCUCUUGGAAAGAUGAUCAUGUAAGCCAUACAGCAUAGAAUAUUCCUCAAUAAUCAUAGUGCCUCCCUCAAUACUUUACUCAGAUACAAAAAUGUUUGUUCCUUAGCAUAAGUUAUGUUCUGCUCCUCAACCAAAUGAGUUUCUUUGUGUUUGAAAACUGAUCUCAGUAAAUUUAGUAGGUGACAUUUCCUGUUAUGUAUCUUCAUCUUCAGAAAAUGGUUGGGUUUUGUUUUGGAUUUUUAUGAUCAAGACUUUGAAAAGCUGAUUUUCCUCUCAUCACAUUUGUUUUGCAACCCACACCCUAACUCCCACCCCCUACCCCUGCCGUGUCCAUCUUAAGGUAAAUCUCUCUCUUCUUCCUGAUGUCACAGUCUGUGAUGGGCUCUCCUUGUACAUCAGCAAGACCUGUGCAUGUUUCUACCAUUGUCCUUUCUGCAUUGUAUUGUAAUUGGCUAUUUGUCAGUCUCCAAUACAAGACUGAGGAUCUCGUGCCUUAGAGAUCUUUGUAUCCCCCUACCUUGCAUAUAAUAGAUACUUAUUAAAUAAUGAAUUGAACGUUUAGCUUCUAUAGAAGUGUACCACCUUUGUUUCUAUAUUAUGAAACUUCUUAAUUAGAAUUUGUGGUUGAUUCUGACAUUGUGUACAUUUACCUCAUAUUGUCUUUAUUUUCCAGGGACUGUUAAGUCAUUAGAGAUACUCAAAGUCAUAGCUUGUUGGAGGGAUUAUUUUGUAUUUGAAGACUGUCUUGGAAUUGAAAUAACAGCUCUAGAGAGGUCAUGAUAUCAUACCAACCAAAUGGAAAUGACAUUUGUUUAAAUACAAAAUAAAUCCUCCUAUCUAGCUUUUUGGUAGAAAGCAAAGAGGUAUUCUUCGUAUGUGAGGUGUUCAUUUCUGUUGACUGGAGAUUGGAUGAUCACAUUGUUAGGGUACAGGGAGAGCAAUUCUAGAUGUUAUUUUCCUCAUUUAGGAGCUGUGAGUUAAAAUUGAAUCCUGGUUUAUCUAGGGUAAAGUCAGAUCUUGCUAGAAAACAUUUACCCUUGGAAGGUCAACUCUCAGACAUUAUAUUUUGGUUUCCCUCAGUUCUAAUAACUUUCAUCUUGCUGAUCAUAUUUCAUUCUCUUUUCAGAACAAGGAGAAGAAAAAAAACACUCUAAAAGUUUGAUGUGUUAGAAAAAUUUCCUUAAGGCAUUUAGCAACACAUAGCAAAUGGGGCUUUGAUUCUUUUCCCAGACUUUUGGCCAUAGGGUCCUUUUAGAUAGGAAUGGUAAGAUGGAAAUUAGGGAAGUACAAGAUGAAAAGGAAUUGUAAAAAUAUCUUUUAGGGGGCUUUUAAUUGGUGAUCUGAAGUCUUGGAAGAGUAUUCUUUUCAGGCCUCAGGUGCUUUAACUGUCCUCUACAUAUGUUCACCUAGUAGUAUUCUAAGGAUAUGCAUUUGCCCUGGCUAAAUCCUGUGACCUCAUUUUUAAUAUAGUGGCCUAGAAAAGACUUAAAGGUAAUUCUAACUUGUCAAGUAGCACUUAAUAACUAGACUCACAUUUCUAUGAGAAACGGAAAUCAUUUGUUUGCCAUAAAUACAUUUUAUACUUUGCAUCUCUAAAUUUAGUAUGGCAACACAUGUCCGUUGUAAAAGUUGGAGAACAAUAUGUCUUGACAUUAUGUCUCUAUGAUUUCUUUCAUCAAACCUUAAGAGCAUUUUAAGCCCUUUCUACCAGAUGGAGUGAAAACUAAGGAUAUACAUUUUAAAAAACUGGAGGUCUCCUAAAACAGAGAACACAAUCUGCCAUUCUCUUUUAAGUAAUAAGACAGAAAAUUGACCUUGACACUAACUUGUUAAAUAGAUUUAAAAGGAACAUCUGCACAUCUUUUUUCCUUGUGCACUAUUUGUUUAAUUGCAGUGGAUUAAUACAGCAAGAGUGACACAUUAUAACUAGGCAAUUAUCCAUUCUUCAAGACUUAGUUAUCCUAACACUAAUUGAUCAUUUAUGGCGCAAGAUAGUCUAGCAUUAGGAACAUGUGAGGCUAAUCUGCUCAAAAAGAUCAACAAAUUAAUAUUGUUGCUGAUAUUUGCAUAAUUGGCUGCAAUUAUUUAAUGUUUAAUUGGGUUGAUCAAAUGAGAUUCAACAAUUCACAUGUGCAUGAAUAUAAACAGAACUGGUGGCACUUAGAAUGAUAAUGAUUAACUUAUUUUGCAUGUUCCCUUCCUCCCACUUUUUUUCAGUUUUUACAUUUCAGACCAAGUUUGUCAGCUUUUUUCUAAACACAUGGGUAGAAACCAGGAUUUUAAAAUGAAGUGUUCAGAUAUAAACAAAACUUGGGCGUUUCCUAAAGAUAUUUGCUAUUAGAAGUUGUCUUUGUUACAGUCAUUUAUUAAGGAUUUGCAUCAUGAUACUCCCAAAGAAGCCUCAAGUGCAGGAGUGUGCACCCUGCUGUCUAGGACUUGGCGUCUGGCAGGAUGAAUGCACUAAUACUUGUUUUCACCUUUGCUUUCAAAAGUACAAAAGAAAAGGGAAAGAGAAAUAAAACUUGUAAGGGAAUCACAUUUUUUUCUACUUAAUACCCUCUAUUCUUUUCUCAAAAUAUUUAAAUAAAUAAAUAAAAAGGUCACAGAUGGUAGCAGCAAGAAAGCCCAGCAUAGCACCACCUAUGUGACAUGCAGUAUCCACGCUCCUGAAGUUAAGGGAAGCCUACGUUAGACACCACAGGUUAAAACUCUUCAUUGUAUUGGUUUUAUUGCUCAAUGUAAUUGUACCUAAACAAGGGAUCUUGCUUUCCUCCCGUGAGCACUCUUGAACACUGGAGUCAAUGAGCCUAUCUUGAUCAAAAGAGUUGUAGGAGGCUUUUCAUUAGGGAGGUAGCAUCAGCUCCACUUUAGGGAGUUUGUGUUACAGCAUCAGCUGCCAGAAUAAAAUUCCCACUCAGGGCUCAGUCACUGGAUUCUUUCUCCUUAAAAGGUUCCUUUUUAAAAGUAUAUUUUCAGUUUACUGGUAUGAUUGGAAAAAUGUAUUUUAAGCAGAAAAUGACAACACUUGUUCACUUUAUAUAUUCUAAAAUAUUUAGGGCAAUCAGUAUUCAUGAGAUGGACCAAAGCAAAGGGCUUAGAGGUUAGAGAGACAUUGUAAGGAUCCCCUAUUUCAUGUUCUGAUGCUAAAUGUGAUCCAAGAAUUUUGUCAUGUGGAUUUCUUCUUAUGUGAAUAUGCAGAAACUUAUAAAUAGUAAUGCUCACAAAUAAUUUUAGUGGACACUUCAUAACACCUGUCACUUUGCCUUACCAAAACAAUUAGGGUUUGCUCACAUCUUUUCCAGAUAUCUCCCCCAAAAGGGGACAGAGUAGCAGCUUUUCAGUAAGCAGUAGCUAUGACAAAGAUCAUAGAGAUUAUAGUUCAUUUGGUCAAUUAAUUUGACGAAUAUUGAGUACCCACAAAUUUAUAUCUAAUGUAACUAGCAGUAGGGAUUAGGAAGUUAGUUUUAGAAAAGACAUACUCAUGGAGUUUUUACUCUACUAAAAUUUUUGGGUAAAACUAUUCAAUGCAGUUAGCUAGUAAGGAGAUGACAGGCUGAACACAUCUCUUAUCAAGAAAUCACAAUGAGCAUUUUCAUCUCAUUUUUUAAAGGAAAUUUGUUCCCUCUUUCAUUCCUUCCUUCUAGGGCAAAACUACUCCGUGAGGGUAUUAUUUAGAGGUAUUCAGCCGCUAUGUGGUGUGAAUUCCCUCUAUUCUUUUCUCAAAAUAUUACCAUAAAAAAAAAAAAAAGGUCACAGAUGGUAGCAGCAAGAAAGCCCAGCAUAGCACCACCUACGUGACAUGCAGUGUCUGAGCUCCUGAAGUUAAGGGAAGCCUACAUUAGACACCACAGGUUAAAAUUCUUCAUCUUAUCAGUUUUAUUGCUCGAGGUAAUUGUACCUAAACAAGGGAUCUUGCUUUCCUCACAUCAGCACUCUUGGUUUAUCACUUAUUGCCAACCUACCUAGUAUAUUUAUUAACUGCAUUCUUUGGAGCAGUGUUAACUUGUCAUGGUUCAUCUAAUGAAAGAUCCACAUUAGAUUAUAGCAUCUUUGCUGAUCUUAAUCUCAAAGUCAGAUAUUAUUGAAAUAAAAUGUUCCUAGGAUGCAUUUUUUUCUAGAAAAUAUCUAUCAUGAAUUAAAGCGUUGGGAGUGUUUGCUUGAAAAUGAUGGAUCCACCUACUCAAACUUACAGGUGGAAGACUAAUAAAUCAAUGAUUUUUCAUGGUUUGAGGUUUUGCAAGGUUAUUUAAAGUACUGCAAAGAUAUUAAGGAGGGCACAUGAUGUAAUGACCACUGGGUACUAUAUAAGACUGGUGAAUCACCGACCUCCACCUCUGAAACUAAUACAUUAUGUGUUAAUUAACUGAAUUUAAAUUUAAAAGUAUUGCAAAGAGAGUCAUAUUCACCAUUGCCAAAACAUACUUUAAAAAAUUCAAAGGUAGGACAAGGUGAUUUUUCUCUUCAGCAUACACAGUGUAUGAAAAGACUUCUCAUAUAUUAAUUUGGGGGACUUAAUUUUUAAAAAGUUAACAAGAUAUAAUAGCAUUUGUGGAUAAAUAAUUCCCUGGGAUCAGAUAUAAGUAAACAUAUUUGCUUUAGUGAAUGAUAAAAGCAUGAAAUUCAGUAUUAGAAAAAUGAAGCUGUCUUUAAAAUCUGCUGGACACAAUUACUGAAGUCAAGUAGACUUCUGUCUGGAGCUGUAUUUUUCAUGCCACUGUAGACCCUGUUAAUAAGGCCUGAAUCUUGGGUUGUAAGAUGUUCAACUUACUCCACUGCUGGGAUGAUAAGAGCUGACAAUAGGCUGUGGUAUGAGAAUGAAUUGAAAUGUAGUUUCAUUGACAGAUUUCUCUGCACAUCCACUUCACAGUGGCUGGGUUCCUUGUUACCCAUUAUUCUUAUGGGGGGAAGAAACUUUUAAUUAGAGACAUCAGAAAAAAACAAGGUAGGGGAAGGAAUAGAACAAAUCAGACUUGGUUCUGUGUUGCCCAGAGAAGCCUUUUCCUUAUUUUGUCAGGUAGUGGCAUCUUCAGCUUCCACACAGGUGCCAAAUACAAACAGUGCCAAUUAGGAAGGGGCUAAGUGCAGUGGCCAGUUAAUCAGAUAUUAAGACUAUGCGUUGAUCUUGAGAUAAUAAUCUGAUGGUCUUGUUACGUGGAAACCACUACAAAUCUAGGUAAGACUUCUGUAAUUGCAUAGUCUGUAAGAUCUAUUGUGUCAUCAACCAUUCAAGAUUUGUGAAGCUUCUUAAGGCUGAAAAAAUAAGUGACAAAGGAGUAGAUUGUGACUUUUGCCCUGCCCCCACCCCCACCGCAACUCGCCUUAGAAAUACAAUUGACCACUGUCUCCUUUUCUUUGGUGAAGGUCAACUGACUUGGAAAUUCAUUGAAUAUGGACAGUUAGUUUUUAACUAAAAUCAUGCUGCAGUUUCCCCAAGUUGAUUUCACAGUGGUUAUUAAAGUCUUUCUCAGGGCUAACAAAGGAAUGCAAAUAAUCUGCCUCAAUUUUUACUUCAUUGAUAACUUUUUGAAGACUGCAGGAAUUCUCUCCAGUGGAUGGCUGUAAGUGGAUUUUGAGGUCUUAAAAAUAAGCUAGCUAAUCUGUACAUAUCUAUAAAUUCUGCAGAUGUUUCCCUGGUGACUUCUGAGAAUGAAUGAGGAUUCUGUAGUGGACUUGAGAAGCUAAUAAACAGAGCCUAACCCACUGUGAUGAAGAAUUUGCACUUACUUGGUAAUGGUGGCUGAGAGAAAAUAAGUAGUUUGAGGAAGUAGUUUUUAAAUCAGAGUUUAUAGAUAAAAACAGGAGAAUAUCAGCUUAACUAUGGAGUUUUUAGAAUGUGUUCUCUUUCACCUAAAUCUAAUUUCAAUGAAAAAGCCCAGCCCACAUUGAUUGUCUCAAUUUUUUCUAGUUGUGUAGUAAUUCUUGAAAUUCUCUUUAAGAAAAAUCAGAUCGAGAGAAAGAAAGACUUUGUAAAUAAGGCUUGGCUUUCAGGAAAAAUUAUUUAAAGGUUAUGUUAAAGGAUUUAAGCUUAUUGAAAGUGUAAUGGAAAUGUGGAGAAUAACGUGGGUAAAGGAAACUACCUCACUCUUUGAAGGUUUUGUAGAAGCACAAUUAAACAUCCUAAAAUGGCUUUGUCACAUAUGAACCAUCUGGUGUGAAAGAACUCUAUAAUUGUAGCAUCUAAAGGACCUGGAACAAUUGUAUUUUGCUGGCAGUGGACACAUUCUUUAUUGUUUGCAGAUUCCUCAUCAAAUCUUUAAUUAUGCACUUGUUUCUGUCAUCAAUAAAACAACUUAAAUGAA